UAUCAAGAUCAACACGAUCCUCUAGUGCUGGAUCUGCGUAUCGUAACUUCUUCAAGGCCGUUGUCGAGCAAUUACGACCAUACAGAGUCAUCUGUCCAAGAAGGGCCUUGGAACACCAAGAUCAAGAACAUGCCUCAAGAAGAACGAGAGCUGCCACCGCUAGUGCAACAGCAAUCACUACAACUAAGUAAACAGCAUGAUAGAACAAGUACAACUCGUUCUAGCCUCGUGAUAAUUUCCGGAGGACACGAAGAUGAAGAACAACCACAUGACAGGAACAAUCCAGGACAAGCGGACACAGAUUUCCGAGACAUUAACUCUUCAGACCAAGAUGUGCAACAGUACAUUCAAGCCGCGCCAGCCAAGCUCGACUCAAAGAGCCCAGCACAACCUCUUGGCGACUGUGGAGGUUCACUCCUAAUGUCCAACCCACCCAACGAGGAUUCAGACGCAGGCCAAGCAGAGAAGUGUAGAGGUAGAGGUGUGGUCGCAGGAAGCACACAACCAGCAGAGUGCUGGAUACCGGCACUAGGUGAGCGCAUGCGCACGAACCUUCUGCGCAUAGGCGGUCUCGAGUCCGUCGGCGUGAGCAAGAGUUCAGUCGGGACUAGUGGAGCAGGAGAACAACAGCCACAUCAGACGAGUGACAAGAUCUUUCAAAGGUGUCCUCAAGAACCACAAGAUCUUCAAGUCAUCAUGUCCGGUCGCGAGGAACAAGAGGGGGCUGGCUCGCCUCGAAGUAAUGUCGAGGAUGGCGCGCUUAUGGGGUCUACUAAUUCGCAACCGCACUUGCUGCAGCUGCAUCCCGCAUACUACCAGAUGCAAGAAACACAGCGUCAGCAGUGGAGCGACGCCCUCAAUGCUAUGGGCGGCGCGUCGACAGCGGCGCUCGCAUCUUCAGGCGCUGGUCCGCAGCACAGCUCGUCCACCACAUCGUCCUGUCUUCUGCCUCUGAAUUCCGAUGCCGUACCUUUUCAGCCGUCCGGCUGUGUCCUUUUGCAGCAGCCUGUGCUCCCGCCACCCGCGAACCUACUUCUAGAACUACUGCCACGGCAGAGCGAGCAACAGCAUCCUCCGACGAAAGGAUUGCGUUCGCCGCGCGGAUUAGCAGACGUACUUGAAAACCUUUCGCAAGGACUCAAAAUCGGAAGAACAAUGACAGGCAAUGCUUCUACAUCAAAGAUCGAGCAUCAAUUUGAAGCACUGGCGGCUACACAACAAGCAGAUGGACAGAACAUCAGAAAAAGUAAUGAUUCUAAGCCUAAAAACAACAAGAGCAAUACUAGUAGAGGUCGAGCCGCGCGUGCUUUUGGCGCCAGCCAGGUCUCUCCAGGGGCACGGCGACGCGAUGAGCCACCGAUGUUCGUCUCCAAGGCUGACAUGUAUCCAGUUCCGGACAAUUCAGCG